AUGGCGAGCGGCGAUCGCAAGAGACCGCCGCCCGUAGGCCCCAAAUGCCCUUCCCGGUUCGUCCCCGGGCCGCCCCGGAAACAGCCCAAUUUGCCAUGGAUGCCCCGGGCGGGGUACAGCCACGAAUUAGACAGGGACAGUGAAUUGUUGCGGUCAGCGAAGAAUUAUUAUCCUGAAGGUGAAAGUGAAGGCGGUUGCAGCGAGUUCCCACCGCUGAUGAUGCGCAAAUCGUGGACUCGCGGCGUCCCCUAUCGCGAUGGCUUCGACCACGCCAAGCCCGCUGACUCCAUUGGUAACUGCUACACUAGAGCGACCAAAACUAUGAGAACGAUAAACAUGCCUCCAAAGCGUCGUCCACCCCCGCAGUUAUAUGGCCCCCUGGGGCCUAACGGGGAGCUGCAGUUCCCGCCGUUGAAGACUUGGGACGAGAGGGAGAAGGAACGACUUGAGGCAAUAAAGAAGGAAAAGGAGAAAAAUAAGUUGCAAAAAGGCUUGGUGCGACUGGAAGAUUUGGUUUCUGGCGCGUAUGAUAGACGCAAAGCGGCGGAGGCAGAAGCGAAGAGAAAGAGAAUUGAGAAGAAAAAAAGAGAGAAGGAAGCGGCGGAGAUUGCUGCUAAGGAAGCAUUGAAAAAACAUUUGGCAAAACUUGAGUUUGAGUUGCCGAGAGACCCUGAUGAUCAGAAGUGCGAAUUGAUCAGGAUCACUGAAGAGGAGUACUACAGAUAUAUUCAUCCCAAGGAACUGGAAAGGAUCAAUUAUUAUUUGACUACGUCACUAGCCGGGGCGCACAUCCCGGAGUUCCCGGAGCACCUGUACCAGCGCGCCAAGAGCCGCGUGGACGGGCAGACGGCGGCCAUCCGGCGCCGCCUGCUCAGCCUCACGUACCAGGCCUGCGUGAGGCAGAGCGCCGCCGAGAUACGAGAGUUCUUCCUGCAGGCCAUGAGGAGGUGCUUGCUGAGCUACAUCCUGGAGGAGCCAGAGGAGCGGCGGCGCCUGCGCAUCUCGGCGCUGCCGGCGGCGUGGCCCGCGCUGGCGGUGCGCGCGCCCGUGCCCUGGCACGCGGCCGCCGUGCGCGCCCGCCACGCGCUCGCCUACCGCUACUGCGAGGGGAACCCCGUGCUCGCCGAGCUGCGCCGGAUCUGGUGGGACAGAUACCAAAACAUGUACAUAUGCGACAUGAACAAGAUGCAGGAGGGUCUCCCCUUCCCGCAGUACCCCAGCGAGUUCACGGAACGGCUCAACAAAUUGUGCGCUCAGACCAGAGCCGAGUUGGUGGACAACUGGCUCAUAGAUGUCGCCGACACCAUGAUCAAGAUGAGGCACCACUGGAGUGGCUACGUGGCCAAGAGGAAGAAGGCCUCCACGUUCCAGGUGGAGGAGUUUUUUGGUUGCAUCCACGGGCUGAUGUCAAAGCAAGUGCGCGAUCUCGUGGAGAGAAGUGUCUUUCAUUUCGCGGAGUAUUUUUCGUAUUAUUGGGAAGGCAACAAGUACGCGGGCGAGUACAAAGACUACACGUACAUAAAGCAGCCGCUGCUCCGCAUCAAGGUGGUGGGGCAGGCGGGCUCCACACAGCUGGCCUUCGAGCCCACGCUGGACCACAUGCGCUCGCUCAUCGUCAAGUGGAUCCACACCAUCAUCAACGUGAACAUGCAGCUGCCGAGCGUCGAUAGUAUCAUGUAUCCAGGUGCGGCGCGGCCCAAGCCGUACCUGAUGUCGGUGUACCCGGACGAGCCGUACAUGGCGGAGGUGGUGGCGCAGUGCGCGCGCCACUUCGCGCUCAACAAGCCCGGCCCGAUCAGCUUCCUCGCCCGCUACGAGGAGUACUUCUACCUGCUGGAUGGGACCGCUCACGAGGACCUCCUCAAGUUCUUCGCUCUGGACCCCCCGCCCUAUUUGAAGGAUUUCUCAGCCCAAAUACGCCAGUACGAGGUCCUCCGCGACGAGAUCCUCUUCCUUCGCCGGGACAUUCCGCUAAACAUGGUGAUGCUGGACUGUGGACCGAUCAACGACGUCAUCUGGAACGUGGUCAACGGCUUGCGGCAGUAUAUCGUGGAUCACUUCAUCUUGCUGAACAGGAAAUGGAAUAGAUCGAUAUGCAACGUGUACGAGGAAAUGGCGGGCCGCGCGUCCGAGAGCCCGGAGAGCACGGCGCAGCUGGUGGAGCUGCUGGCCUACAUCCUGGAGUGCCGGGACUGCUCGCUGUUCGAGCUGCGCGAGAAGUCGCGCACCACGGCCGAGUACGUGCUCUUCCUCAUGGAGCACGCGCAUCUCUCCUUUGAGGAUAUCAAUUUAAACACGCGCGUGUUCCUCUGGCCCCUCGACAUGGAGGAUACAAUAGACCUGACGCUGAAGACACUCAACACCAAGAAGACCAUGGCGGAGGACAAGCUGAGGAGCAGGAAGGCGAUCUUCGAGGAGAAACUAAAGCGGCACGAGAAGGAGCUGGAGCUGUUCCGGAGGUUCGACCCGCCGCUGCUUAACCUGGAUCUAUUGAGAGAAGUGGUGGGGAAGGUGGACGAAAUAUUCAAUAAUUUGAUGGAUGACAAGCACGAAGCGGAAGACAUAAUCAACGAGGAGACGCUGCUGGACCAGGAGGUGUCGGUGUACUUCAGCCUGCAGACCAUGCUCGCCGGCGUCGAGCCCUUCCACAAGCUGUGGCACACCGCCUUCGACUUCUACGACGGUUAUGAGAAAUGGUACCACGGGCCGUUCCUCGGCCUGGACGCGGAGCAGAUCUCGGAGGACGUGGAGGCGUGGUGGAAGCUGCUGUACAAACUCGGCAAGCAGCUGUUCGAGUUCCCCGGCGCCAAGCGGAUCGCGGACAUGGUGCGCAACAAGCUGGAGAAGUUCAAGGUGCUGAUGCCGGUGCUCUGCGCUAUUUGUAACAAGGGCAUGCGCGAGCGGCACUGGGCCAAGAUCAGCGCGCUGGUGGGCGCGGAGGUGCGGCACGGCGCGGGCGCCACGCUGGCCGACAUGGUGGAGCAGGGCGUGCACGUGUUCGCGCCGCAGCUCGAGGAGAUCGAGCAGUACGCGGCCAAGGAGCACGGGCUCGAGCGCGCGCUCGCCAAGAUGUGCGACGAGUGGCUCGGCGUCAAGUUCGAGGUCGUGCCCUACAGGGACACCGGCGUAGGCAUCCUAACGGGUCUGGACGACAUCCAGCAGCAGCUGGAUGACCAUAUCCUCAAGUCGCAGACGAUGCGCGGCUCGCCCUACGUGAAGGCGUUCGAGGCAGACAUGGUCGCCUGGGAGGAGAAACUCAUCAGCAUGCAGGAUAUACUGGAUCAGUGGCUUCAGUGCCAAGCGACCUGGAUGUACCUCGAGCCAAUCUUCUCAUCCGAAGACAUAAUGCGCCAAAUGCCGACCGAGGCCCGCAACUUCCGCGACGUGGACAAAGAGUGGCGCACCAUCAUGGGGGCCACGCAGAAGGACCCCAUGGUGCUCUCGGCCACCGACUUCCCGGGGCUGCUGAAGAAGCUGCGCUAUAACAACGCCCUCUUGGACGAUAUCCAGAGGGGGCUCAAUGAUUAUCUGGAGAAGAAGAGGCUGUUCUUCCCCAGAUUCUUCUUUCUAUCAAACGACGAGCUUCUCGAGAUUCUCUCAGAGACGAAAGAUCCCAUGCGAGUGCAGCCUCACCUCAAGAAGUGCUUCGAAGGCAUCUACACAUUGGACUUCAAUGCCAACAAGGAAAUUGUCGGCAUGGCGUCUUCUGAAGGAGAAAUUGUUAAACUUUCCUCGAGUAUUCAGCCAGCUGAUGCUAAGGGCAUGGUGGAGCGCUGGCUCCAACAGCUGGAGCACCAGAUGAUGGUGAGCCUCCGCGACGUGGCCUCGGAGGCAAUUACGGCCUACACCCUCACCGAACGCACCGAGUGGGUGCUGUGCUGGCCCGGCCAGAUCGUGCAGGCGGGCUCCUGUGUGCAGUAUACCACUGAGGCAAUAGAGGCGAUAAACAAGACGAGCCUGCCAGAGCUGAUCGCGCACAGCACGGAGCAGAUCACGGGGCUGGUGUACCUGGUGCAGGGCGAGCUGGAGCCCGGCAACCGCAUCACCGUCGAGGCGCUCAUCGUGCUCGACGUGCACGGUCGGUCCAUUCUGGAGGAGAUGGAGGAGAAGCAGGUCCGCGACAUCACAGACUUCAACUGGAUCUCGCAACUGCGCUACUACUGGCGCGGCGACCGCAUGACCUGCUCCAUGAUCACCACCGACGUGGAGUACGGGUUCGAGUACCUGGGCAACACCGGCCGACUGGUGGCCACGCCGCUUACUGACAGGUGUUAUAGGACCCUGAUGAGCGCGCUGAAGCUGAACCUGGGCGGCGCGCCGGAGGGCCCGGCCGGCACGGGCAAGACGGAGACCACGAAGGACCUCGCCAAGGCCGUCGCCAAGAAGUGCGUCGUCUUCAACUGCUCCGACGGCCUGGAUUACAAGGCGCUCGGGAAGUUCUUCAAGGGUCUGGCACAAUCCGGCGCCUGGGCUUGCUUCGACGAGUUCAACCGUAUCGAACUGGAAGUCCUAUCAGUUGUGGCGCAGCAGAUCCUGUCCAUCCAGCUGGCGAUCCUGCGCAGGGACAAGCGGUUCAUCUUUGAAGGCACGGAGAUCAGCUUGAACCCGACUUGCUCCGUCUUUAUUACAAUGAAUCCUGGGUACGCGGGCCGUACUGAACUCCCCGACAAUCUGAAGGUGCUGUUCCGCACGGUGGCCAUGAUGGUGCCGGACUACGCUAUGAUCGGCGAGAUCACGCUCUACUCCAACGGAUUUGUUAAUGCCGGCCCGCUGGCCCGCAAGAUAGUGCAAGCGUACAAGCUGUGCUCGGAGCAGCUGUCGUCGCAGAACCACUACGACUACGGCAUGCGCGCCGUCAAGUCGGUGCUGCUCGCGUCCGGCGCGCUCAAGAAGAACUACCCCGACAAGGACGAGGCGCAGCUCGUGCUGAGGGCCAUCAUCGACGUCAACAUGCCCAAGUUCUUGUCCCAGGACGUGCCGCUAUUCACCGGGAUAUACUCGGAUCUCUUCCCGGGUGUGGAGAUCCCGCAGCCGGACCGCGCGGAGCUGCUCAAGUGCAUCAACAAGGAGCUGGACAAGCGCAACCUGCAGCCCACUGACUGGUACCUGGAGAAGAUCAUACAGAUAUACGAAAUGAUGCUAGUCCGGCACGGGUUCAUGAUAGUGGGUCCGCCGAUGGGCGGCAAGACGCAGGCCUACCAGAGCCUGGCGGAGUCGCUGCGCGCGCUGCAGCUGAUGAAGCCGCCGCCGCGCCACAAGGAGUUCGGCGCCAUCUACCGCAUCAUCAACCCCAAGGCCAUCACCAUGGGCCAGCUCUACGGCUGCUUCGAUCCCGCCAGCCACGAGUGGUCGGACGGCGUGCUGGCGAUAGCGUUCCGCGAGUACGCGAUGUCCAUAACGCGCGACCGCAAGUGGAUCCUGUUCGACGGGCCCGUGGACGCCGUCUGGAUCGAGAACAUGAACACCGUGCUCGAUGAUAACAAGAAGCUGUGCCUCAUGAGCGGCGAGAUUAUACAGAUGACAAACAAAAUGAAUUUAAUAUUCGAACCAGCGGACUUGGAGUUCGCGUCGCCCGCCACCGUGUCGCGAUGUGGGAUGAUCUACAUGGAGCCGGAACAAUUGGGCUGGCGUGCGUUCCUCAGCUCGUACAACACGCACCUCAGCAAGAAGCUGAUACCGGAGCAGUUCGAUCUGAUCCAGGAGCUGAUCGACUGGCUCGUGCCCGCCAUGUUCGAGUUCAUGCAGAUGAAGUGCACGCACUUUGUGCAAGUGGGCGAGAUACACCAGUUCUAUUCGUUCACGCGGCUGUUCACGUGUCUGCUGGAGGGCGAGACGCAGUUCAGCACGAUCUGGCUGCAGUGCACGUUCGUGUUCGCGCUGCUCUGGGGCAUCGCGCCAUCCAUCAACGGUGAAAGUCGAAAAGCGUUUGACACGUUCUUCCGCAAGCUCCUAGACGGGAGUAACGCGACAUAUCCCAAGCCGAAAUCGUUCAAGCUGACCAAGAACCAGCUGUUCCAGGACAAGGACACGGUGUUCGACUAUGUUUAUGACAAGAGGAACAACGGCACCUGGAUACCCUGGGCCGAGCUGGAGAAGGAGGCGCCGCUGCCGCCCACUGCCAAGGUGAACGACCUUAUAAUACUUACCAACGAGAACGCUUGCCUCCGUUUCUUCGUCUCCAAGAUGGUGAAAUCGAAGAUACCCAUCCUGCUGGUGGGCCCCACGGGCACCGGCAAGUCCUCGCUGGUGCUCAACUUCUUGCUAUCGCUGCCCAAGGAGAAGUACAUCACCAACACCAUUAAUUUCUCAGCGAGGACCACCGCAAAUCAGACGCAGGAUAUAAUUAUGUCAAAGGUUGAUAGAAGGAGGAAAGGAGUAUUUGGUCCAUCUAUGGGUAAAAAAUGUGUGCUGUUCGUGGACGACCUGAGCAUGCCGCAGAAGGAGCAGUGGGGCGCGCAGCCGCCGCUGGAGCUGCUGCGGCAGUGGAUCGACCACGGCCACUGGUACGACCUCAAGGAGAUGGCGCGCCAGGAGCUGGUGGACGUGCUGUUCGUGUCAGCAAUGCUGCCUCCAGGCGGCGGCUCCAAUCUGAUCUCGUCGCGUCUGACGCGCCACACCGUGCUGAUCACGCUUGACUCGUUCGAAGACAACACCCUCAAUAAGAUCUUCUGCACCAUCAUGGAUUGGCACUUCGCGAAGGGCUUCAGCGACACACUGGCAAGACAGAGCAAGACGGUGGUCGGGGCCACCAUGGAGGUGUACAAGGCGGUGACGCUGCAGUUCCUGCCGACGCCCAGCAAGUGCCACUACCUGUUCAACCUGCGCGACUUCGCGCGCGUCAUCAAGGGCGUGCUGCUCGUGCCCGCCUCGCACAUGCGCGACGUCGGCAAGCUCGUGCUGCUGUGGAUACACGAGACCUACCGCGUCUUCUACGAUCGCCUGGUCGACGAUGCCGAUAGACUGAAGCUAUUCGACGUGGUGUACAAGGCGGUGUACGGCAACUACCGCGUGCACAUGGACCAAGUGCUGACGGAGCUGGGCUACGUGCCGGAGGGCGAGAAAUGCUCCAACAAGCACGCCGCCAACAUCUUCUUCGGGAACUACAUGGAGCCGGAUGCCGAUCCCAAGAUUUACGAUCAGGUAAUGGACCUAGAUGACAUGUCAGUUAAAAUGGAGUACUACUUGGAAGAGUACAACGUGGUGUCGUCAUCGCCGAUGUCGCUGGUCAUGUUCCGGUACGCGCUGGAUCAUAUCUCGAGAUGCACCCGCGUGCUGUUGCAGGAUAACGGUAACUUAUUACUGGUCGGUGUGGGAGGAAGCGGCAGGAGCAGUGCUGUGAAGUUAGCUGCGAGUAUUCUGGAGAUGAAUGUCAUACAGAUCGAGAUAUCUCGCGUGUACGGACAGAACGAGUGGCGAGAUGACCUCCGCAAGAUGUUGAUGAAGGCCGGCAUCAUUGGGAAACCGCUGGUGUUCCUGUUCGCUGAUAACCAAAUAAUGUACGAAGGUAUGGUGGAGGAUAUCAACAUGUUGCUUAACACCGGCGACAUUCCCAAUUUGUACGGGAUGGACGAGAAAGUGGAGAUUCUGGACAAGAUGCAAGCGGCCGUCAGAGAGAGCGGCAAGAAGAUAGAGACGACUCCGCUAGCGAUGUUCGGUUUCUACGUGGAGAGGGUGAAGGCGAACCUGCGGAUCGUGCUCGCGAUGUCGCCCAUCGGGGACUCGUUCAGGAACCGCUUGAGGAUGUUCCCCUCGCUCAUUAAUUGUGCCACCAUCGAUUGGUUCACAUCAUGGCCCCCGGAGGCGCUGGAGCGCGUGGCGUCCAUGUUCAUAGCCAAGAUGGAGAACGUCGGCGAAGAGCUGCGCGACGCGUGCGUAGUGAUGUGCCAGCUCUUCCACACUAGUGUUGUCACACUGAGCGAUAGGUUCUACGCAGAUCAAAAGCGCAAAGUGUAUGUAACACCCACGAGCUACUUGGAACUCAUCAAGGCGUUUAUGAGUUUAUACGCUUUGAAAGUCGACCAGAUCACCAAGGCGAGAAUACGCUACGAGACAGGUCUCGAGCAGCUGGAGUUCGCGGCUGGCCAGGUGGCGGUGAUGCAGCAGAACCUUAUCGACCUGCAGCCGCUGCUCGUGGAGACCUCCGACAAGACUGAGAAGCUGAUGAUCAAGAUCGAACAGGAUACGGUUGUUGUGGAGAAGCAGAAAGAGAUCGUGGGCGCGGACGAGGCGCUGGCCAACGAGGCGGCGGCGGCGGCGCAGGCCAUCAAGGACGACUGCGAGUCCGACCUGGCGGAGGCGGUGCCGGCGCUGCAGGCCGCGCUGGACGCGCUCAACACGCUCAAGCCGGCCGACAUCACGCUCGUCAAGUCCAUGAAGAACCCGCCCGCCGGCGUCAAGCUGGUCAUGGAGGCGGUGUGCGUCAUGAAGGGCAUCAAGGGGGACAGGAAGAUGGACCCCAACGGUAAACCGUUCGAAGACUUCUGGGGACCGUCACAGAAAAUGCUGGGAGACAUGAAGUUCCUGGAGAGCUUGAAAAAUUAUGACAAAGACAAUAUUCCACCCGCAAUCAUGAAGAAAAUAAGAGAUAAGUUGGUAUCUUUCACUCAAUCACUAAUUGUUAUACUUUUUAAAUGCACAAGUUUGACUUAAACGUUAUGUGCUAAGGUGGUGGCGCCGAAGAAGGCGGCGCUGGCCGAGGCGGAGUCGGAGCUACAGAUGCAGAUGAACACGCUCAACGAGAAGCGCGCCCAGCUGCAGGGCGUGCUCGACAAGCUGCAGGCGUUAAACGACGAGUUCGCCGAGAUGACGCGCAAGAAGAAGGGGCUGGAGGACGAGAUCGAGCUGUGCUCCACCAAGCUGUCGCGCGCCGAGCAGCUCAUCGGCGGGCUGGGCGGCGAGAAGGCGCGCUGGACCGACCUCGCGCUGCAGCUGCAGAACCUGCUCGACAACAUCAUUGGUGAUGUGCUGCUGUCCGCUGGAUUUAUUGCGUACCUGGGACCCUACACGGUGAACUACAGGAGAGAGAUUGUGCAGAUGUGGAAUCAGCGCACUAUUGAUCUAAACAUCCCGUGCUCCGAGACGUUCACAAUAAUAUCGACGCUGGGCGAGCCGGUGGUGAUCCGCGCGUGGAACAUCGCCGGCCUGCCCGUCGACGCCUUCUCCAUCGAGAACGGCAUCAUCGUCGAGAAGUCCAGGCGGUGGCCGCUCAUGAUCGACCCCCAGGAGCAAGCGAACAAAUGGGUGAAGAACAUGGAGCGCGAGAACCAGCUGAAGGUGAUCAAGCUGACCGACCCCAACUACGUGCGGGUGCUGGAGAACGCGAUCCAGAUGGGCUUGCCGGUCAUACUCGAGAACAUCCGGGAGCACCUGGACGCCGUGCUUGAGCCGGUGCUGCUGAGGAACAUAUUUAGGUCGGGAGGCAUAGACUGUCUGAAACUGGGUGACAACAUACUGGAAUACAGCCACAGCUUCCGGUUCUACAUAACAACGAGACUCAGCAAUCCUCACUAUUUGCCCGAGAUAGCUGUUAAGGUGACGCUUCUAAACUUCAUGAUAACGCCGCAAGGGCUGCAGGACCAGCUGCUCGGCAUCGUGGUGGCGCAGGACCGGCCCGAGCUCGAGCUUAAGAAGAACCAGCUCAUCGUCGAGGGCGCUAACAAUAAGCGCACCCUCAAGGAGAUAGAGGACAAGAUCCUGGAGGUGCUGUCGUCCGCUGGCAACAUUCUGGAGGACGAAUCGGCCAACCAGAUACUCUCGUCGUCCAAAACUCUGUCCAUCGAGAUAGAAGCGAAGCAAGCGUCCGCCGCCAUCACCGAGAAGGAGAUAGACGAAGCCCGUCUGCUGUACGUGCCGGUGUCCAAGCACAGCUCGGUGCUGUUCUUCUGCAUCUCGGACUUGUCCAACAUCGACCCCAUGUACCAGUACUCUUUGAAUUGGUUCAUCAACCUGUACAACCAGGCGAUAGUGAACUCGCCGCAGAGCGACGCGCUGGACGAGCGGCUCGACGGACUCAACGCGUUCUUCACGCGCAGCAUCUACGAGAACGUGUGCAGGAGCCUGUUCGAGAAGGACAAGCUCAUCUUCUCGCUCGUGCUCACGCUCGGCAUCCUCAGGGCUCGGGGCGAGAUAGACGACGAGCUGGUGUCGUUCCUGCUGACGGGCGGCGUGGCGCUGGAGAACCCGCAUGAGAACCCCGCGCCCGCCUGGCUCUCCGACAAGGCCUGGUCCGAGAUCGUGCGCUGCUCCAACCUCAACGGUUUGCGCGGUUUCAAAGAGAGCUUCGAAGCGAACAUAGCGAGUUGGAAGCAGUUCUACGAUCUGUCGGCGCCGCACGAGGCCGCUUUCCCGCACCCCUACGGGGAAAUACGCGGUAUACCUAAGCUCAUUAUAUUGAGAUGCAUCCGGCCCGACAAGCUGAUCCCGCUGGUGCAGCAGUACGUGGUGGAGGAGAUGGGCCGGCCGUACAUCGAACCGCCGCCCUUCGACCUGGAGAAGUCGUAUAACGACAGCAACUGCUGCUCCCCGCUCAUCUUCAUACUGUCGCCGGGCUCCGACCCCAUGUCGGGGCUGGUUAAGUUCUCCAUGGAGAGGAAGGUUGUCAGCUUCGAGACGAUCUCGCUGGGGCAGGGACAGGGCCCCAUAGCGGCGAACAUGAUAAGCCAGGCGAUCGUGACCGGCGGCUGGGUGGUGCUGCAGAACUGCCACGUGAUGGACUCGUGGAUGGGCGAGCUGGAGCGGAUCUGCGCCGAGGUGGUGGUGCCGCAGAGCACGCACCGCGAGUUCCGCUGCUGGCUCACCUCGUACCCGAGCCGCGCCUUCCCCGUCACCGUGCUGCAGAACGGCGUGAAGAUGACGAACGAGGCGCCGAAGGGGCUGAAGAACAACAUCUACCGCUCGUACAUCUCGGACCCGAUCUGCGACGCGGAGUUCUACAUCUCGUGCCCGCGCACGGAGGAGUGGCGCCGGCUGCUGUUCGCGCUCUGCUUCUUCCACGCCAUCGUGCAGGAGCGCCGCGCCUUCGGCCCGCUCGGCUGGAACAUCCAGUACGAGUUCAACGAGAGCGACCUGCGCAUCUGCAUCAUGCAGCUGCAGAUGUUCCUGACGGAGUACGCGGAGACGCCGCUGGAGGCGCUGAACUACCUGGCGGGCGAGUGCAACUACGGCGGCCGCGUCACCGACGACAAGGACAGGCGGCUCAUCAUGUCGCUGCUCUCCACCUUCUACAACGCGGACGUCACCGCCGACCCGGACUACUCGUUCUCGCCGAGCGGCGAGUACCGCAUGCCGGCGAGCAUGGAGUACAACAGCGUGCUGGAGCACAUCCGCGCGCUGCCGAUGAUCGCGAAGCCCGAGGUCUUCGGCCUGCACGAGAACGCCGACAUCACCAAGGACAACAAGGAGACGGCUGCCCUGCUGUUCGGAUGCCUGCUGACGCAGACGGCGGUCACGUCGGGCGGCGGCGGCGGCGAGGGCGGCGAGGGCGGCGGCGUGGUGGAGCUGACGCGCGACAUGCGCGCGCGCCUGCCGCCGCCCUACGACGUGCCGGCCGUGGCCGCGCGCUACCCCGUGCAGUACUACAACAGCAUGAACACCGUGCUCAAGCAGGAGCUGAUCCGCUACAACCGGCUGGUGAGCGUGGUGGGCCGCACGCUGCAGGGCGUGUACCUGGCGGCGCAGGGGCUGGCCAUCAUGAGCGCCGAGCUGGAGGAGUGCAACAACGCCUUCGUCAAGGGCAUCGUGCCGGCCGCCUGGAUGUCCAAGUCCUACCCUUCCAUGAAGCCCUUGGGAUCCUACGUGGCGGAUUUGUUAGCGAGAUUGAAGUUCCUCCAAGAUUGGAUUGACGAAGGUCCACCUGUGGUCUUCUGGAUAUCCGGUUUCUACUUCACACAGUCUUUCCUCACGGGCGUGCUGCAGAACUACUCUAGACACAACAGAAUACCGAUAGACCAGGUGCACUUUGAGUUCACCAUCACCAGCAUGGAGGCGGAUUGUGAGCAGGAACCCACGUUCGGGGUCUAUUGCAAGGGUCUAUUUCUAGAAGGUGCAAGAUGGAAUCGGGAGACAAUGCAACUGGACGAAUCCUACCCGAAAAUAUUAUUCGACACAAUUCCUAUUAUUUGGUUCCAACCAGCGCUCAUAGUUAACUUUAGUCCCCCUCCCUCCUACUUCUGUCCGAUAUACAAGACAAGCGAGCGGAAGGGGGUGCUGGCUACCACGGGGCAUUCCAGUAACUUUGUCAUGUAUAUCACUCUGAGGUCAGAUAUACCUCAGAAACACUGGAUAAAUAGAGGCGUCGCCAGCCUGACACAACUUGAUGAUUAAUGUGUAGAUUAAAUGUGUUAUUUUCAUUCUAAUUGCUGUGAUAUGUCGAUAGAUAAUAAAGGUUUUACGGAAUUC